UUAUCUGAGGGAGGAGAAGGUAACGGGCUGUCCGCAGUCCUGGCAGCCUAUAAAAGCGCUGGAUGAGCAGCCCGGAGCCUCAGUAGCUGACAGAGCUUCACCUGAGCUCCUCGGACAACGACACGCUGCCUGACACCCACUCACCAUGGCUCUGAGCGCGCUGCUGGCCACCUUGCUGUGCACCAUCGUGCUGCCCGUCCUGCUCUUCCUGGUGGCGGUGAAGCUGUGGGAGGUUUACAUGAUCCGAGGCAGAGAUCCGAACUGCUCCAGCCCGCUGCCGCCCGGAUCUAUGGGCUUACCUUUCAUUGGAGAGACGCUGCAGCUCAUCCUCCAGAGGAGAAAGUUCCUGCGGAUGAAGCGACAGAAGUACGGUUACAUCUACCGCACACAUCUCUUCGGGAACCCCACGGUGCGCGUCACCGGAGCGGAUAACGUCAGGCAGAUUUUGCUGGGGGAGCACAGGCUCGUGUCUGUGCAGUGGCCCGCGUCUGUUCGCACCAUCCUGGGCUCGGACACACUGUCAAAUGUGCACGGAGCCCUGCACAGGAGCAAGAAAAAGGCCAUCAUGCGAGCCUUCUCCAGGGAAGCUCUGGAGCUCUACAUCCCCGUCAUCCAGGAGGAGGUGCAGGCUUCGGUGAAGGAGUGGCUGGCAAGGGACCCUUGUGUGCUGGUGUACCCCGAGAUGAAGCGGCUUAUGUUCCGUAUCGCCAUGAGGAUCCUGCUGGGAUUUGAGCCAGAGCAGAUCAAGACUGAUGAACAUGAGCUGGUGGAAGCUUUCGAGGAAAUGAUCAAGAAUCUUUUUUCUCUGCCUAUCGAGGUGCCCUUCAGCGGACUGUACAGGGGUCUGAAAGCGAGGAACUUCAUCCACUCCAAGAUAGAGGAGAACAUCAAGAAGAAGGUGCAGGAGUCAGACGGGGGCUGGAAUCACAGAGACGCUCUGCAGCAGCUUAUAGACAGCAGCAAAAAGAGUGGAGAGCCCUUCAGCAUGCAGGCCAUUAAGGAGUCUGCUACAGAGCUGUUGUUCGGGGGGCAUGAAACCACAGCCAGCACAGCCACCUCUCUGAUCAUGUUCCUGGGCCUGAACCCUGAAGUCGUGGACAGACUGAGGCAGGAACUAAUGGACAAGGAGGAGCAGGGGAUGGACUUCCAGAAUCUGAACAUCGAGUCCUUGGAGCAGUUGAAAUACACCGGCUGUGUCAUUAAAGAGACUCUGAGGAUCAACCCUCCUGUCCCCGGGGGCUUCAGAGUGGCCCUCAAGACCUUUGAACUCAAUGGUUAUCAAAUCCCCAAAGGCUGGAACGUCAUCUACAGCAUCUGUGACACCCACGAGGUGGCAGAGAUCUUCCCCAACAAGGAAGCCUUCCAGCCAGAGCGCUUCAUGACCAAAUUCUCAGCCGACUCCUCCAGGUUCCAGUACAUCCCGUUCGGAGGCGGCUCCAGAAUGUGUGUGGGCAAGGAAUUUGCCAAAGUCCUGUUGAAGAUCUUCCUGGUGGAAGUGGUCACAAAGUGUCACUGGACUCUUUUAAAUGGGCUGCCCACCAUGAAAACAGGACCUACUGUCUAUCCUGUGGACAAUCUGCCAACCAAGUUUACCAGCUAUGUACAAAAUUAAACUGCGACUACAAGGGGUUGUUUCCUAAAAAGUGGUGUGAAAUAUGAGGCGUGUAUGUUUUUACUUCCAAAUCCAAAAGUUUUGGAAGCACUCAGGUGUUCUUAGGAAACAAAGGCUGCAUUUUGACGUGAAGAGAAAAGAGGUUCUUUUGGAUUUGUGUCCAUGUGGUCUUUUGGCAUGAACUGUAUAUACUGUAGAUGAAUUGAGAAUGUAUUUCAUAUUUUAUAUGAUAGUGUUAAUUUUGAAUUUGUAUAUAUUCAUUUUUUGAACAUAUGAACAAACUAAACAAGAGGCACUAUACACAAACAUGGAUCACUUAAAUCAACUCAGAGGUGUAUCUAUAGGAUUAUGUACAUAUAUAAUGUAGAGUCUGUUUAUAUAACUUCUUUUUCUUAUCCCACCUUAUUUAAAUGACCUGUGUUACAUUGUAUCAGCUUUUUAUUUAAUAAAACUGUUUUGCAAUGAA